UCAAACUAAGCGACACCUCAAAAAAAAAGAAGAAAAAAAAAAGAAAAAGAAAAAAGAAAAAGAAAAAAAGAUCAAAGGCAAAAACACACAACAAGAUUCAAAAAUUCCAAAUUCUACACCAAAAUUCUCUCAAAAAGAUUCAAAACCCUUCUCUUAAAUCCUUUAAUCUUCAAUACCCAUAUCAUAAAUUUUGUUAAAAUUGAAUAAAGUUUGUCAAAAUUGAAUCUUUUUUGACCAUUUCCCUCUGUUUUUUUCACUUGUUUUUAGUCAUCAUCAUGAUAGGUGUCUUGUUAGGACCAUUAAAAUUUUAGUCUUUUUCAUUUUGGUAGCAGUAAAGAGUCUUGAAUUCAAAAUUUUCAGAAGAAUUUAUUGCUAAUUUUUACUUAAAAAUUCCUUUUUUUAAUUGCUAUCCACUUUAAGAAAAUUAUUGUUUAUGUAUUCUUGAUUUUGUCUAUUUGUAUCUUCUUAUUGUUUUGUUUUUUUUUCAGUUGGAUUUAUUGCUAGUUUGUAGUUUUGAAUUCCUUUGUUUUGAUUGCUAUCCAGUUUAAAUUCAAGAAAAUUAUUGCUUCUGUAUUCUUGAUUUUGUCAAGUUGGGUGUUUUUUUCAGUUGAAUUCUUGAUUUUAGGUCCCCUGUUAGUUAUGGGGAUUCAGAAAGAUAGAGUGAAAUUCAAUGUUGGUGGUAGAAUUUUCGAAACUACUGGUACAACCUUAGCGAAUGCUGGCCGGGAUUCGGUUUUUGGAGCUAUGUUUGAUGACGAUUGGAACUUGAGUUGUGAUGUCGCAGUGACUGAACACUUCAUUGAUAGGAAUCCUGAUUGUUUUUCAGUGCUUCUCGACUUGCUUAGGACAGGAGAGCUUUACGUACCUCAGAAUCUUCCUGAGAAGUUGUUGUAUAGAGAGGCUUUGUUUUAUGGUCUUUUAGAUCAUGUCAGGUCAGCUAAAUGGGGUCCAUUUGAUGGAAACAGGCUCCGUCUGGCUCGUUCAGUAACGGGCCAGGCUCCUGGUGAUGGAACCGCCAUCCGAGCUGGUCCGGAUGGCGGGUGCUGUGUAGCUCAUGGUAGUAUGGUUCAUGUUUAUGAUUGGAUGAUGGAGGAACAUCCUCCGAUUAAUCUUGAUUAUCAGAGGGUGAAUGACGCGGGUUGGGUUGAUUCGGAGAAUAUUGUGUUAAGUGCUUGUGAGAGACUAGGUAAAGGGGAUGGGGGUAUGGGGUUGUUUAGCGCAUCGACCGGGGAUUUAAGGUAUAAAUUUCAUGUCAAACAUGAGAAUCAGGUAAAGAGUUAUACAGCUGGUGCACUUAGUUUUAGUUCAGAUUAUAAGUUGUUUUCGAGUUGUAAAGGUAGAAGUAAUGAGUAUGGUAUCGGUGUAUGGGACCAAGUUACUGGUAAACAGAUUGAUUUUUUCUACGAGCCGCCCGGUUGGUCACUUGGUGAGGCUGAUAAGUUGCAAUGGUUACAUGGUACCAACUGUUUGUUAGUUGCUACUUUGUUUCCCAGAAAGGACAAUUGUUACAUCAGUUUGUUGGAUUUUAGGGACAAGAAUAUGGUUUGGUCAUGGUCAGACGUUGGUGCGCCUAUAACUGACGAGAGGAGAGUUAGGGACGCGAUAGCAAUGGAGGAAACGAGUUCAAUAUGUGUAGUGAACGAGUAUGAAGAUUUGGGGUUUAUGGAUUUGAGGAGGAAUGCUGGUAGUGUAAGGUGGAGUUCAAGAAGCAGGCUAAUGAAAGGGAAAAUGCCGGACGAGCCUUGUUAUCCUAAACUGGCAUUACACGAGGGGCAAUUGUUCUCAUCGAUGAACGACUGCAUCUCUGUGUUCUGUGGCCCUGAUUGGGUUCUUACAUCAAGGCUUCGACGAAGCUAUGGUGGUUCCAUUUGUGAUUUCUCUAUUGGUGGUGACCGUCUUUUCGCUCUUCAUAGUGAAGAAAAUGUGUUUGAUAUAUGGGAAACUCCGCCUCCACCGAUUAUAUGAUAAGAGUGAUUUUGUUAACUUUUUCUUCAGAUUGUUAUAAGCAUGGAGAAACUAAAUAGAUAUUACUGUUUGUAAUACUUAUCAAGAGUUUCUGAAGUUUGUGUAUACACAUGAAACUGACAUGUUUUAGUUAAAAGGAAACUGAUUGCUUACCAAUCAAUAUUUCAACCUUUUA